CGUUCAGAGGCGGGGGGUGGGGAGGAUACGCGCGACACGUGACGGCGGAGUCACAACACAGAGGCGAGUUUACACAACAACAACAAUCAACAACAUCCACAGCGUUAUGUAUUAUUAAUAUUAACAAGACGGUAGCUACGGUGGCGAUAGCACAAUCUCAGGAGGAAGACGCGCGCGAAGAAAGAUGUGCAGUUGACAAUUGGCGGGCGUGACGAGGAGAGGGGAAGAAUUGGACGUUGACUGGACCAUCUGUGAAGGGGUGGGGGGGAGAAGAGCUUCAUAGCUCAUCGGAUUCCUCCACGAUACAUUAUCUGAAUUGAGAGGAGGGGAACGGCUGAGGGAAACGAGAGUGGGGUGGGGGCGGCGUACAAGAAGAGAGACGAGAGUGGUUAGACGAGGAAGGGGGGGGGCAUGACAAGAUCACUUAAGGGAGGGUCGACGCGGUGAGGAAGAGACGACGAGGGAUACCCGAGGAGGUACACAGAGACCAGACGGAGACCAGACGGAGACCACACGGAGACCAGACAGAGACCAGACGGAGACCACACAGAGACCACACAGAGACCAGACGGAGACCAGACGGAGACCACACGGAGACCAGACAGAGACCAGACGGAGACCACACAGAGACCAGACGGAGACCCGAGGAGGUACACAGAGACCAGACGGAGACCACACGGAGACCAGACGGAGACCAGACGGACCGGCCUGGCCGUGAGAAGAGGCAACCGCGGGGAGGCGGGGUAGCACCGCGGCGUGCGCAGGGAGCGAGGGAGGGAGUCGGGAACUCUCCCUGCCGGCCGGGGUCGACCCCUCCGGUUCGACCCGGGGUCGAGUCCCAUGGACGCGCUGACCCUGCUGGGAGUCUACUCCGGGGGCUGCGUCCUGCUCGUGCUGCUCGUGCUGAGCGGACGAGGCCCGGGCGCCCUGGACGCGGCGUCUCGAUGCGUCCCCGCGCCUCUGCACUCCGCCGUGACGAAGGUCAUCGACCACCUCUUCAACCGCAGGUCGUGGUUCUUCGUGUGGCUGCACGCGGCCCUGGAGGUGGCCGUGGGGCUCGAGUACUGGCUGGAGGUGGCAGGGCUGUGCCACCAGCUGGCGCUGCCCUCCGGUGCCAUCGCUGCCCCCUACGCACUUCUCUGCCUCCACGUCUGCUUCUUCUACCUGUGCUGCACGCGCGACCCGGGCACAAUCACUCAACACAACCACGCCAAGCUGAGAGCCGUUUACCCGUACGAUGGAAGGCUCUUUUUUCACGGCCACGUCUGCCGCACUUGUCUUUUUGAAAAGCCGGCGCGUUCCAAGCACUGCCGUGUCUGUGACCGCUGCGUGCAUCGCUUUGACCACCACUGCGUGUGGGUGAAUGGCUGCGUGGGCGCGGGGAACCUGCCCCUCUUCCUCGGCUACCUCCUGUCGCUGACGGCGGCGGCCUCCUGCAUGGCGGCGGUGAUGGUGGUCGCGCUGCACCGGGCCGCCGUGCUCUCCGGCCUUGUCCAGGAAGGCUCCCUCAGGGGCCUGCACGGCGAGAUGCCGUCGCUGCCCAUCACCGACAUCGUUCAGUUGCUGUUCCUCAGCUUUCCAAGGCUGGUCUUCACCCUCGGCUUCCUGAUCAUCAUCUCCGUGCUACUUGGGGGGUUCACGGCAUUUCACCUUUACCUGCUGCUCGUCAACCGCACCGCCAAUGAGUGGCACCUGGCGCGAGGCUGCCCCUCUCCAGCACGGCCGCCCCCCUCCUCCGCCGCUGGAGACGUCCGCGGUGGUGGAGCUGCGACAACAAAAUCCCAGCCUGGCGGAGCACCGACUCGAGAUGCGGACGAGCUGGCAGAUCGUUCACGGGCGGAAUGUUCACGGUCGGACUCUGAACCAGGGCGUGACUCUAAAGCUAAACGACGGAUAGUUCGACGGCAACGCAGGGCUCAGCUGGCGGGGCAGCAGCAGGAGUGGGAUGUGGUGCACGAACACGGUCCUGCAGGAGUUCCCGCAGGAGGUUAUGAGGAUCUGCUCCUGGACGAUCGAACGAACUUCUACUCCAAGGGGUGGAUGCGCAACAUUUCAGAGGCGCUGUGGUCUCACGUAUGAGCUGCUAAUAGCGUGAUGCCUCUGCCUGUUGCACAGCGAGUGUUUUGAAACGGUUGCUACGUCCAACCGUGUUUCUUAUUUUGCUCACGAACAGUUGUGAGUCAUCCGGGAGAGCGGCAAUGUUGAUGAGCGCAAGGUCAUUUAAAAUAUCGCAUAUGAAAACGUUGCCACUUUGCAAAAAAUGCACCUCGAAAAUAAAAACGAAUUUAACAGUG